UUUCCGUUGAAGCUCCGACUAUCAAUCACCAACAACAACAGCUUGCGUCUUCUUCUACCGCUUACCAAGCAAGUGCCGCUCACUCACGCCCAAAUGUCUUCAUGCUGCGCCAGGUUUCGAUCUUCUACCAAUCCCAUUUCUCUUUUUCCCUUCUUAAGAAUAAGAUUAUACUCUCACUCUUCAUUCAAUUCAAAUAAUCUUGAUAAUGUUGUUUCUUCAUUCAAUCAUAUACUUCAUAUGAAUCCCACUCCAUCGAUUAUUGAAUUUAACAAGAUAUUAGGUUCCCUUGUUAAGUCUAACAACAAUCAUUACCCUACUGCUAUUUCCCUUUUUCAUCAAUUGGAAUUUCAUGGAAUUACACCAAGUAUUGUUACUUUCAAUAUUCUCAUUAAUUGUUACUGCCAUCUUCCGGAAAUGGAUUUUGCCUUUUCUCUAUUCGGGAAGAUUCUUAAGGUUGGGUUUCAGCCGGAUAUCAUUACCUUUAAUACUCUUAUCAAAGGUUUGUGUGUUAAUGGUAAGGUCAAGGAGGCUCUGCACUUUCACGAUCAUGUGAUUUCACUUGGAUUCCACUUGGACCAAGUUAGCUAUGGGACCUUGAUCAAUGGCUUGUGUAAAAUGGGAAAAACAACCGAAGCCUUACAAGUGUUGAGAAAGAUUGAUGGGAAAUUGGUUAACACUGAUGUGGUAAUGUAUAGCACAAUCAUUGAUUGUUUGUGUAAAGAUAAAUUGGUGACCGAGGCAUAUGUGUUAUAUUCUGAAAUGAUUACAAAGAGAAUUUCUCCCAAUGUUGUCACUUUCAAUUCUCUAAUUUAUGGAUUUUGCAUCGUUGGUCGACUGAAAGAAGCAUUUGGGUUGUUCCAUGAAAUGCUAUUGACAAACAUCCUCCCAGAUGUUUAUACUUUCAGCAUAUUGGUUGAUGGUCUAUGUAAGGAAGGAAAGAUCAAAGAAGCUAAAAAUGUGAUAGCUGUGAUGAUGAAAGAAGGUGUGAUACCGAAUGUUGUUACCUACGGUUCAUUAAUGGAUGGAUAUUGCCUAGUUAAUGAAGUAAAUAAAGCCAAACAUGUGUUAAGCCUGAUUUCUCGAAUGGGAUUGACUCCUAAUGCUAAUAGCUAUAAUAUUAUUAUUAAUGGAUUCUGUAAGAUUAAAAUGGUCGAUCAAGCCUUAAAUCUCUUUAAUGAAAUGUGUUGCAGAGGAAUUGCUCCUGAUAAGGUAACUUACAAUUCUCUCAUUGAUGGUUUGUGCAAAUCAGGGAGAAUCUCUCAUGCAUGGGAGCUUCUUGAUCAGAUGCAUGAUAGAGGUCAACAUGCAAAUGUGAUCACUUACAAUUCCUUCUUACACGCUUUAUGUAAAAACCAUCAAGUUGACAAGGCAAUUGCAUUUGUCAAGAAAAUUAAAGAUCAGGGCAUUCAACCCAAUAUUAACACAUACAAUAUACUUAUCGAUGGACUGUGCAAAGAAGAAAGACUUGAGAAUGCACAAGUGAUUUUUCAGGAUCUUUUGAUUAAAGGCUAUAAGCUAACACUCUGGACAUAUACAAUUAUGAUUAAUGGUCUUUGUCUGGAGGGAUUGUUUGAUGAAGCUAUGACCCUACUGGAAAAAAUGGAAGACAAUGGUUGCAUUCCAGAUGCUGUAACUUAUGCAACAAUUAUCCGUGCUCUCUUUAAAAAUGAUGAGAAUGAUAAGGCAGAGAAACUUCUACGUGAAAUGAUUGCUCGCGGUCUACUGGGCAUGUUGGCUAUGUCAGACUAAGCCAGUUAUUCAGAAAAUGAAGGUUGAUUAGAUAUUAUGGGGAAGUUGGACUCACUAUUGUGGCGGGUAUGUAGGUUGUACUAAGUCAGUAUGCAUUGCUGCCCUGUGUUGAGUUUCAAUUAUUGAGUCUGUUGUGGGAGGUUGGAUUCCAAUUUCAGUUUGAAUUUAAUAUCUUGCCUACAUAAUUAUGCAAUAGCUAAGAGGAGGUUGCGUUGUGCUGGUGUCAGUACUUGUAGUGUGCUGGAGUCGGUUGUGUUCACAUGAUUCUUGUAGUUUCUACCGUUAUCAUUGGCGUACUUAAAGAUCUAUCCAGCAUCCAGUGGAUACCUUCCGUUAGGGCUUUUUAAGCUUGAUAUCAACAUUAUGGUUCUGUUAUCACUACCUUGUUCCAAAUGAGAAAGUAGGAAGGUUUGACAGGUUUUGUGGUUUUCGAUAAUAGGACAAUCUGGUUGGUUAGAAACCAGAUGAAAUUUCUAACAAAAUAAUAUUCAGUUAGUGCUCCAGGUUUACUGAUAGGAUUGAUUUAAGCUGUGCUAC